CGGGAAUGGAGAGAGGUAGCGAACCGAUCUUCUCUUUCCGUUACAGACGCUGCGUCCUCCCCUUUCCAUCAUAUCCUCCAAGAAGAUGACUGCUGCGAAUGACACGUCGAGGCGCACGCUGCUUCGCGGUGUGCUCGCCAUCCUGACAGAGGCGCCUCGGGGUGCCCAAGCAACAUCGACGUCUGCUUCCACAGCGGAGCGAUACACCACACGAUCGCAGAAGAGCAACAUUUUGAUCGGUACAGACGGUACCAUUGAAGAGAUCAAAGACGUCGGUGAACAUGCUGUCAACAUUGACGCUUCCAACAACGACGACAUCGACGUCCUCGACUGCGACGGUCUGCUUGCUAUUCCAGGCUUCGUAGACACACACCGACAUCUUUGGCAGUCGCUCUUCAAGACCUUGCCUGCAGACAUGACGCUGUUUCAGUUCCUGGCCGAUCUCAACAUCGUGGCCGCCUCUCUAUUCACUCCUCAAGACGCCUACGUUGCCCAGUUGUGCGGAGCGAUGGAGGCGAUCAAUGCUGGUGUGACUACCGUCCUCGACCACUACCAUCUCGCCAACUCUGCUGCCCACGUACAAAGCGGGCUCACCGCUACCCAGCAUUCGGGUCUGCGCUCGAUCUUUGCCAUGGGAACCAAUCAGAUCGCAGAGUUUCCUCUGGCCAAAAAGAGAGCGACUGGCAUCACGGCGUGUGCAGAUGCUUCCAACAAAGAGCUUAUCUUUGGAGAUGCCGGGUGGCAGCAGCCUCUUUUCGAAAAGCUUGCCGCUGACUCGCGGAAACCGUCCGGCUUGGUAACGCUCGGCCUGGCGCUGGACCGCUGGAAAAAGAUGCCACAAGAGGAGUUGCAAAGCUUUGUUUCCAUCGCUCGUAGCCAUGGAGUUGGACCGAUGACGUUGCACCUUAGCAAUGGCGUCCUCAAUGGCCAGACGGACGAACCACUGAUCACCUCGAGCCUCAGCACGAUCUUGGGGCCUGACCUCUUGCUAUCGCACGCCAAUCUGCUUACCGACAGGGAGCUGGUGACGGCGGCCCACGCUGGCGUAAGGCUGAGUGCGACUCCCGAAACGGAACAUCGUCUCAACAUGGGCUCUUCGAUCGUAGAGAGGGCCGACUGUCAUGGCUGUCUUGCAGCUUUGGGAAGCGACACGACUGCCGUGGUCGAAGGUGGUAUGUUUGGCAUUCUGCGCGCCUCUGUGGCCGAACUUCGACGGAGUCGCAAUGAGUCAAUGGCCGCACGAGGCCAGUUCCCUAGCAAAGGCACGCCUUCUGUUCAAAGUGCCUUUUUGCGAGGGACUAUUGGUGGUGCUGAAGUGCUGGGAAAGAACAAAGGCACCGAGAGAAUCGGCCUCUUGGAAGAAAAGGCACGGGCAGACAUCGUUCUGCUCGAUGGCAGGUCUUACAACAUGCUCGGUGCCUUGUGGAACGGCAGAGAUGCCGUUGCCGCCGUCGUUGGUCAAGCCAGCAUCGCAGACGUGAAAGACGUCUUCGUAAACGGUCGACGACUCAAGCACGAUGGCAAAUUGGCACCGUUGUCGAGUGAAGCUCGACUUGCUUUGCGCAGCAUUGCCCGGGAUUUGGGUGUGGAUGUCGAUCCCAAAGAGCAAGACCACGACCUGCUGCGUAAAGUCGCCGAGAAGAGCGCUCAUAACAUCCUGGAGAGAGCAAAGCACAUCGAUUUGGAAGCUGUGCGACGGCAGGUCGGCACCUUUCUUGGUGUCAACGCGCGCCUUUGCUGAUCGGAAGAGGAGCGCGCCAAAUAAUGUUUUUACUUCUACUCUUGGGAUCUUUCAUUGUUUUCGUUGCACGUUCUAUCGUAUCUCUGGUUCUAUCGUAUGCCUUGCGAAUGUUAUCUAGUG